AAGGUUAAACAAAAAUCUGAAUACUAACGAAGGAUGGCUUCCUCUUCCUAUAGUUUUGUCUUUGUUUCUGUGGCACUUCUACUACAACUUCUCUUAGGCUCUACUUCGGCCUCCACGAAGUACAUCGAAGACAUAUGCAAACAUGUCAACAAUAAAACCUUCUGCGUCGAAACUCUAAACGCAUAUCCUCCGGCGGUUUCUGCCACCGGCAAGUUCCAAGCGGCUAAGGCGGUGCUCCGCCUUGGCAAAUCUUACGCCCUAAAAUCGGCGAGUUUCAUUAGAAAAGCAGCGAAGGAUAGACCUAGCUUGAAGAAGCAGUUCAAGGAGUGUCAAGAUGCCUACGUGAACGUUGCAAUGUCUCUCAAGAGUGCUGCCUCGGAACUCAAGGAAUCGCCGGAAACUGCAAACUAUGAUGUCAUGGUUUGUACCGACAGCACGACGAUAGUAAAGGAUUUGGUAGGGAAAAAUAGAGAUGUGGCAGCUAAGAAAGUCAUGACGAUGACAUUGAAGAUGGAGAAUCUCAUUGCCCUAGCUGUUGGAGCCACCGAAGCUGUGGCAAACCAAGGAGAACAAGAAGAGUCCAGGGCCAAUGAGCCUGAGGGUAUCGAAUCAGUGGUUGAUGACGUCUACAAUUUUGAAGACGACCCUGUUGUUGAUAAGUUCAAUAGGUUCGGCACGGAGAUGUCUGCCAUGGUCUCGGCCUUGACACAGGUUGUUUCUGCUCGCUCUCAGACUGAGGCUGAAGGGGCUCACUCUUCUUCCUCUUCGGCUGGACAAAAGAAAGGAUGGCUUGGAAUGGAUUCUGCUCCUAUUCCCUCAUCAUUUGCUCGAGUAGACUCUUCAAUUGGUCCGAUCGAAGAGUCCACAAGCAAGACAUUGCCAGAGGAAGCAAGGGAGAGAAAAAGGAGAUACAGGGGAGUAAGGCAAAGACCAUGGGGCAAAUGGGCGGCUGAGAUACGCGAUCCACAUAGAGCCGCUAGAGUUUGGCUCGGGACGUUUGAUACAGCGGAAGCCGCGGCUAGAGCCUACGACGAGGCUGCACUCAGGUUCCGUGGAAAUAAAGCAAAGCUAAAUUUCCCAGAGGAUGUAAGAAUUCUUCCUCCUCCUCCUCCUCCUCUUCUUCCUCCACCAGCUGACACAGUGGCGAAUAAAGCAGAAGAGGAUCUGAUAAAUUAUUGGAGUUAUUCAAAGUUGUUGCAAAGUUCAGGCCAACGGUUAAUCCGCGAGCGAGGACAAGAAGAGAGUACCAACAUACUAGAACAUUUACCAAUAGAACAACCUCUGCCUUCUUCAAGUUCUCGUCCAAGUUCCUCUGAUUUUUCUGGACCUUCCUCUACCUAAUACAUAUUUCACUUUUAUUAAUAACAGUCUACAAAAACAUUUAAAUACAUAGCUAAAAGAAAAUGAUUUUUCUUGUCUGUAUACAUUGUUAAGUGCUAAACAAUAUAUAUUGUACUCUGUU